AUGGGCGACUCUUUUAAUGCAAUUGAUCCGUUUAAUUUGUAUGAUUCAAACACUAAUCAGCAAAAUAAUACCUCAUCUAGUAAUCAUGUAGAUCCCAAUCAACUCAACACCAGAAUCAAUUAUUUUGCAAAUAUCGAUUUUCGAAGAAAUGUGCCAUUGAAUCUGCUGCUGCUGUUACAGCAGCAACAGCAACAACAGCAACAGCAACAACAACAACAACAACAACAACAACAGCAGCAGCAUGAGUCUGAACAACCACUUGGACACCAACAGUACCAAUCUCCGCCAAUUUCCUCACAAUACCAAUACCCAUUCCACCAGCGCGAUUUUACUUCCAAGAAGAUUUGGAAUACUAAUACCAACGCUAAUGUCGGUAUCGGUGUUGGUGUUGGUGUUGGUGUUGGUGUCGGCGUCGGCGUCGGCGUCAGUGCUGGAACAGGAACAGGUGCCACAACUUCACGUUUGCAACUGGAAAAUAUCUCAUUUCAACAUUUGGACCCUAUCAAAGAACAAUUUAGCAGUACUAAUUUUUUUAAUGAUAGCAAUACAAUGGAGGAAACUUCAUUUGAUUCUAUGAAAGUUGGUGAUUCAAGGAUAAAUACUCCACAUUCUUCUCAACUGUCAAAAAACUUGCUGCAGUCGGUACUUCAGCAGCUGCAAAAUCCAACAAGUAGCAGUGGUGGGAACAAGUAUAUGAAGAAUUCUUUGUUGAAUGCUCCGAGUUAUGUACCUAUGCAAUAUGGUGGCGGAUCAGUAGGAAGUGGUUUCAAAAACCAUCCUAGUGGUGCAUUGUCGAGCGGAGCAGGGACAGCAACAGCAGCAACAUCAACAUCAACAUCAUUGACACCCAACACGAAUAGAUAUGGAACGGAAACAGAAAAGAGUAAAGAACCUGAUUAUUGGAAAGAAGAGCUAAGUAAACUAAAGAGCGAAUUACUUAUUAAGAAUCAGAUAAUCAAGAAUUUGACUGAUCAAAUUAAUUUAAUGAAUAAGCAAAGAUCAAACAAGAAAUACAUUGAAGUUAAAGAAAGUCAAUUUGGUGGUAACGAUCCUUCUUCUUCAAUUUCACUGCAAACCAUAUUCCAUGUCCCAACUAACCAUUAUCAAUUAUUUCAAGAUUUGUCCAAGACACUUCAAGAAAAAAUAGUUGAAUUAGACGAGACAAACGAACGAUUGGAAAUUCUUUUGGUUUCACAGGAUUUAGUUCGAAAACAAGGUGGUGCUACAGGGUAUAAUAUAGAACAAUUGAGUCAAAAUUUGUUAUACAAGUUGCAGAACUUGCAACAAGAGAAUGAAGAAUUGAUCAGGAUGGUGAGUAUAGGGAGUAAGUCUAGUUUAUUAGUUGAGAAUGGGAUUUUGAAGCAUCAAAUUAAGAUGUUGAAGAAGAAAUUAGGUCAGAACGUUGACGAUAAUGAAGAUUAA